CAUAAUACAAACAAUUCAUAAAUUUAACAUAUCUAUUUGUCCAAAAACUUUGUUACACUCUUUUUUUAUUAUUAAAUAUAUCAGUUAAUUUAAAAAAUGGAGAGAAAAACAUCUCAAAUUCAACCUCCAACUUAUGGAAAUUUAAUCACUGUUCUUAGCAUCGAUGGAGGUGGUAUUCGAGGAAUUAUUCCUGCUACUAUCCUAAGUUUUCUUGAAUCGCAACUUCAGGAAUUGGAUGGGAAGGAAGCAAGACUUGCUGAUUAUUUCGACGUGAUUGCCGGAACGAGCACCGGUGGCCUUGUAACGGCCAUGCUAACGGCUCCAGAUGAAAAUAAUCGUCCUCUUUAUGCUGCUAAGGAUAUUACACCGUUUUAUUUAGAGCAUUGUCCAAAAAUAUUUCCACAAAAGAAAUGUGGUUUAUUUGCUCCAAUUGGGAAUCUUGUGCAAACUCUAAUUGGACCAAAAUAUGAUGGAAAAUAUCUGCAUGAAGUCGUAAAGGAAAAAUUGAAAGAUACUCGUCUUAGUAAUACUAUUACUAAUGUUGUUAUUCCAACUUUUGAUAUCAAAAAGUUGCAACCAACCAUUUUCUCCACUUAUGAGACGAAACGAGCAGCAUGCUAUGAUGCAAAAUUAUCGGAUAUUUGUAUUAGUACAUCAGCAGCUCCAACUUAUCUUCCUGCUCAUUAUUUCAAAGUUGAAGAUAGCAAAGGCAAUUUUAAAGAACAUCAUCUCAUUGAUGGUGGUGUUGCGGCUAAUAAUCCGGGUUUGAUUGCAAUAUCGGAAGUAAGCAAAGAAAUUUUCAAGAAUAAUCCGGAUUUCUACCCUAUAAAACCAAUGGAAUAUGGUCGUUUUCUUGUAAUUUCACUAGGGACAGGAGCUGCAAAAUAUGAACAAAAAUAUAAUUCAUCUAUGGCAGGCAAAUGGGGGAUUGUUGAGUGGUUAUUGAACAAAGGUUCUAAUCCAUUAAUAGAAGUAUUUACACAAUCAAGUGCUGAUAUGGUUGAUUAUCAUAAUUCUGUUGUGUUUCAAGCUCUUCGUAGUGAAGAUAGUUACCUUCGAAUUCAAGAGGAUGAACUAAGUGGAACAGAAGCAUCAGUAGAUGUGGCUACAAAAGAAAAUUUGGAGAGAUUAGUGGAAAUUGGAGAAAAUUUAUUGAAAAAAACACUUUCAAGGGUAAAUUUGGAAACAGGUUUAUCAGAACCAAUUCCUAAAGGAGGCACUAAUGAGGAAGCCCUUAAGAGGUUUGCAACAUUAUUGGUCAAUGAAAGAAGACUUCGUGAAUCAAGGUCACCACUUAUUAUCAAGAAAGCCUAGAAAUUAUAAUAUUUAUUGUCAUUAUAAAUUAGCUAGCUAAUAUUUCCGAUAAAUUUUUCAAUUUUGAAACUAAUAUUAGGUAUAGACAGGGUAGUAUUUUAUGAAAUUCGAUUUAUUUUUCCUUAAUUAUAGUAUUAGUACGUACUAGUGUGAAAAUGUAUUGAUCAUCAAUUCAUCAUCAUUCAAUAUUUAUAAUAUAUGUUCUUUGAUAUCUACGUAA